AUGGUUCCAGAAAAGAUCUUGGCGGCUCAUGGCUAUCGAAGCCUGCGAUUCCUUGGUCGGGGUCAGUAUGGUACUGCGCAUUUAGCAGAAUCGGGUGAUACACCUGGACGUGACCAGGUCGUUGCCAAAGUGGUUUUCCUUGACCAUCUCAAGGACAAAGAUCGUGCUCUGGCUCUCCAAGAAGUUGAAGUCUUGAAGAGGCUAUUCCUAUUCGUGAAGCGUGACUCGUUGCCAGCUGGCCACGGCCAAGCCUUGGUCAAUGUCAUGGAGUAUUGUGCAGGGGGAGACCUUCGCAUUUGGUUAGACAGCUUGGCACAGGCAUCUGAGCGGCUGCCAGAAGACUCGGUCUUGCACCUCUUCUCCCAAAUGCUGAAAGGAGUCGAGUAUGUUCACUCCUGCCAUAUCUUGCACCGAGACCUGAAGACAUCCAAUAUGCUUCUUGACGUGGACCACCGCAUUGUCAAGGUGGGCGAUUUCGGGAUCGCCCGAGUGUUGGAAAGUACCACGGCGGUAGCGGUCACAAUGCUUGGCACGCCAUACUACAUGUCGCCUGAGGUUUGCAAAGGCGAGCCUUACCGAGAUAAGAGUGACAUGUGGUCACUGGGAUGUGUUCUGUAUGAGAUGUGCCGCUUCCGCCACGCCUUCGAGUCACAAAGCUUGCUGGGCCUUGUGUACUGCAUAGUCUCAGAGCACUACGAAGCAAUCCCUGAGAUGUACAGCGAAGAGCUGGCCAAGCUUGUGGCCAUGCUCCUGGCGAAGAGUGCGGAUGAGCGGCCCAGUGCCCGGGAGGCGUUGGCUUUGCCGGUGCUCCAGCCAUACAACAGUGAUCCUGCCCCCCGGCCAUUUGCAUCCACCGCUCCUGCUUUAAAGCUCAGUGAAGCUCCACCGCCACCUCCGGAGGCAGUGCGAAGACCCCCACUGGAGGUUGCUCUUUGCAGGGCCGACCUUCCAGAGCUUGGAACAAAACCUCUUCCUCCAAAGCGCGGCAUGCCCAGACCGCCACCUCCAGUUGGCGGCCUCUCCGCAUCCAACUGGCGGAGCAACAAGAUCGUGGAAACGGAACAAGCUGGCCCAAUGUCCAGCAGCCGUGCACGUACAGCAGUGGAGAUGAACGAGGAUGUUCAGGUGGUCUUAGCACGUGCACGUGGUGCACUCCUCCGACGGCCACGUGCCAAGGGCAAUUGGGUUCAGGCCUUUGCUCGGCACGACACCACUGGUCUUGGAGAGCUUAGUGUGGAGCAAUUCGCUUUUUUUCUCCAAUCCCUAUCUGUGGGUCUGAGCUUGCAUGAGGUGGAUGCCAUAGUCACAUGUUUGUUGGGCGACCGGUCCACCAUCUCCUUGUUCGUUUUUGGUGAGGCCAUCGAGCACGCAUCACCCAGAUACGAAUUUGAGAUGUGGCAAUUGGCCAACCAACUUACAGGUGCAUCCCCCAAUGGCUUGCUUGGCUUUUUGGGUUGUAGUCUUGCACAGGCGAUGGCUACUUUACCAGCUGCUGAAGUGGAGAAAUCACAAAGGCUGCUGCUCUGGUUGCCAAAGCUGUCCGAUGGCAAUAUCGAUUGGAACGCCGCCGAGGAGUGGAGGAGCAGCUUCAAGUCCGCAAGAUAG